AUUCUUUUGUUUCUCUGUCCAGCUGCUAAGAUCUGUUAUGAUAGGCUGGGAUGUUUCACAGAUGACCCGCCCUAUUCCGGCACACGGGCCAGACCCAUAAGUCGCUUACCAUGGGCACCAGAGGUGAUUAAGACUCAGUUCCUACUCUUUACUAGAAGGAAUCCUGAUCAGUACCAGGGUGAUCAGUGCACUCAAUGUCUCCUCAUCAUUGACACCAACUUUAAACCCAGCCAGAAAUCCAUAAUGAUCAUUCAUGGCUUCUUGGAGACUGGGGACAAGUCAUGGCUAGUGAAGAUGUGUCAGACUCUCUUGGAAGUGACAGAUGUGAACUGUCUCUGUGUGGACUGGAGUGGAGGAUCAUUUGCCUUCUACUCACAAACAUCCAACAAUAUCUAUGUGGUUGGGGCUGAAAUUGCCUAUUUCUUGCGUUUUAUACAGGUAAAGUAUGACUACCAAAUGCAUGAUGUCUACCUGAUUGGGCACAGUCUGGGAGCUCAUGUUGCUGGCGAAGCUGGAAAGAGACAAAGGGGAAUUGGAAGAAUUUCUGGUUUGGAUGCAGCUGGUCCCUACUUUGAAAACACCCCAGCCGAAGUGAGACUGGACCCUACAGAUGCAGUUUUUGUUGAUGCCAUUCACACAGAUGGGUCAACUGAUGCCUUUCAUCUUGGCUUUGGCAUGAAGCAGACAGUUGGUAAUAUUGACUUUUUCCCCAAUGGCGGUAUAAAGAUGCCUGGCUGUGACAAAAUAUCUUUUGGACUUGAAGAUAUUGAUAACAUUAUUGGAGGGAUUUAUGAAAAGAUCUUUUGCAACCACCAAAUGAGUUUUAAGUUCUUUACAAAGAGCAUUCUGAGUCCUGGUGGUUUCAUCGGUUACCCUGCGUCAUCAUACAGUGCUUUUGAAAAGGGAUCUGGGUUCCCAUGCAGAAAAGAAAGUUGUGCCUUCAUGGGGUACAAGGCAUAUGAAUAUGUGCUUGGUCAUUUUCAAGACCCUACAAUUGACCAGAAAUUUUUCCUGAACACUGGAGACCCUUCAAACUUCCUGAGUAAGUUCUCCUAG